AAUUCAUUUGUCAGCCAAGCAGCAGCAGCACUCCAGCAUCCAGCAUCCAGCUUUCAGCUUCCAGCAAUUCUACAAAAACCCCAAAAAGAAUGGCACAAAAGGUGAUCCUUGUAUUGAGCGCCCUGGUGGCCGCUGCCAUGGCCGUUGUGGUGCCGGGACCUGGCCUCGGCUACCCAGCGUAUCCCUCGUAUCCUGGACUGGGCGGACCGGCACUGCUGCCCAAGCUGGCGGCUCCAGUGUACCCUGCCCUGGCCAAGGUGGGCAUUGCCAAAGUGGCUGCUCCGGAGCCAUACGAUCCCAAUCCACAGUACAGCUUCAGCUACGAUGUUCAUGAUCAAUCGACUGGCGAUGUGAAGAGCCAGCAGGAGUCCCGCAGCGGCGAUGUGGUCCAAGGCGCCUACUCGCUCAUCGAGGCCGACGGCACUCGUCGCAUUGUGGAGUACACCGCUGAUCCCGUGCACGGAUUCAAUGCCGUUGUCCAUCGCGAGGGCGCUGUGGUGAAGGCUGUGGCACCCGUGGCCAAGGUCCUGGCACCGGCACCGCUCCUGCACGCCGCUCCCCUGGUGGCCAAGUUGCCCGCCUACGGACCAGCUCUGGCCCCUGCCUACGGUCAUGCUCUGGGUCCCGCCUACGGUCCAGCUCUGGCUCCCGCUUAUGCCCAUGCUCUGGGUCCUGCCUAUGGCCCGGCAUUGCCCAAGCUGGCUCUGCCCGCUCUGUCGCCCCUGGGCUAUCACUAAGUCAACGAAACGAUCAGCCGACAACACUUGCCGACCCCUAGCCGAACCCCCGCAAACGGACACAUCGCGACAAACUUCUCCUCCACGUGGCCCCAAGGGGUCACGGCCCGAUCGUAGUCGAUAGUUGUAGUAUUAGUUGAAAUGAAAGCGAUAUAUCGAAA